AUGCAGUACAAGACUUUCGCCCUCGCGUCUCUCUCCGUUUUCGGGGCCGCCACCGCCCAGCAGGUCGGCACUUCUCAGUCCGAGAAGCACCCCACAAUGAGCUGGCAGACUUGUACUGGCACUGGAGGCAACAGCUGCACGACGAAGCAGGGUUCCGUUACUCUCGACUCCAACUGGCGAUGGGCCCACGUCACCAGCGGAUACACCAACUGCUACACCGACAACGCCUGGAACGCGACGACCUGCGCGACUGGCGCUGACUGCGCGAAGAACUGUGCCAUCGAUGGUGCCGACUACUCUGGAACCUACGGUAUCAGCACCAGCGGCAACGCCCUGACCUUGAAGUUCGUCACCAAGGGCCAGUACUCCACCAACAUCGGCUCCCGUACCUACCUCAUGGAGUCCGACAGCAAGUACCAGAUGUUCAACCUGAUCGGCAAGGAGUUUACCUUCGACGUUGAUGUUUCCAAGCUUCCUUGCGGCCUGAACGGUGCUCUGUACACAGUCGAGAUGGCUGCUGAUGGUGGCAUGGGCAAGGGCAACAACAAGGCUGGCGCCAAGUACGGAACUGGAUACUGUGAUUCCCAGUGCCCCCACGACAUCAAGUGGAUCAACGGAGCCGCCAACUCCGAGGGCUGGGAGCCCAGCCCGAACGACAAGAACGCUGGUAGCGGAAAGCUAGGCGCUUGCUGCGCCGAGAUGGAUCUUUGGGAGGCCAACUCCAUCUCCACCGCCUACACCCCCCACCCUUGCAAGCAGCUUGGCUUCGUCGCCUGCACUGGUACUGACUGUGGUGACGGCGACAACCGCUACGGCGGUGUCUGCGACAAGGACGGAUGUGACUUCAACUCCUACCGCAUGGGCGUCAAAGACUUCUACGGCCCGGGCAUGACCCUCGACACCAACAAGAAGAUGACCGUCGUCACGCAGUUCAUCGGCAGCGGCUCCUCCCUCACCGAAAUCAAGCGCUUCUACGUGCAGGGCGGCAAGGUCUUCAAGAACUCCGACUCCACCAUCGAGGGUGUCACCGGCAACUCCAUCACCGACAGCUGGUGCAACGCCCAGAAGAAGGCCUUUGGCGACAAGACGUCGUUCCAGGACCGCGGCGGCCUCAAGCAGAUGGGCGCCUCCCUUGCCAAGGGCCACGUCCUCGUCAUGUCGUUGUGGGAUGACCACGCGGUCAACAUGCUCUGGCUCGACUCCACCUACCCCACCGACAAAGACCCCAGCACCCCCGGUGUGGGCCGUGGUACUUGCGGAACGGACUCGGGCAAGCCUGAGGAUGUGGAGACCAACUCGCCGGAUGCGACGGUCAUCUACUCCAACAUCAAGGUCGGUCCCAUUGGCUCGACCUUCGCGCAACCCGCAUAG